CGCGGCCACGUUGUCCUGCGCCUUCUGAGCGCCCGGCUCUGCGAGUCCAACCGGCGGCGCGCGACCAGCUGCCCCCUCGCGUAGCCGCUGGGCUAGGUGGGGUCGCAAUAUCCCCACGCUCCCUCAGCCGGGCGCAGCGGCGCCGGGUUCCAGCGCGCGGGCGCGUCUGGGAUCAGGGCCGGGGAGGAGCCGCCCUCCGUCAGCUGGGCUCGCCUCCCGGCGCCGCCCAGAAGCAGCGAACGGGAAGGGAGCGCGGUACAGCUGGGCUCCGCGCAGCGCUGGGCGCCGGGGCCCAUGCCCGUGCGCCCCCGCGGGCCCGCGCCAUGGCCUCCGGGAGCGUGGCCGAGUGCUUACAGCAGGAGACCACCUGCCCCGUGUGCCUGCAGUACUUUGUCGAGCCCAUGAUGCUCGACUGCGGCCACAACAUCUGUUGCGCCUGCCUCGCCCGCUGCUGGGGCGCGGCGGAGACCAAUGUGUCGUGCCCCCAGUGCCGGGAGACCUUUCCGCAGCGGCAGAUGCGGCCCAACCGGCACCUGGCCAACGUGACCCAGCUGGUGAAGCAGUUGCGCACCGAGCGGCCGUCGGGGCCCGGAGGCGAGAUGGGCGUGUGCGAGAAACACCGCGAGCCCCUGAAGCUGUACUGCGAGGAGGACCAGAUGCCCAUCUGCGUGGUGUGCGACCGCUCCCGCGAGCACCGCGGCCACAGCGUGCUGCCGCUCGAGGAGGCGGUGGAGGGCUUCAAGGAGCAAAUCCAGAACCAGCUGGACCACCUAAAAAGAGUGAAAGACUUAAAGAAGAGGCGUCGGGCACAGGGGGAACAGGCACGAGCUGAGCUCUUGAGCCUGACCCAGAUGGAGAGGGAGAAGAUCGUUUGGGAGUUUGAGCAGCUGUAUCAUUCCUUGAAGGAGCAUGAGUAUCGCCUCCUGGCCCGUCUCGAGGAGCUAGACUUGGCCAUCUACAACAGUAUCAAUGGUGCCAUCACUCAGUUCUCUUGCAACAUCUCCCACCUCAGCAACCUGAUCGCCCAGCUGGAAGAGAAGCAGCAGCAGCCCACCAGGGAGCUCCUGCAGAAUUGCGAGCGCCUGUAA